GCGAUAGAACUUGCUGUCAAAGCUGGCGACAAGUCCAUUGUCAUCUCCAAUUCCCUCAUAGACGAGAGAACCAGCGACAAAAAGACUACACCAUGGCCAAGGUAUUCGACGCCGCCGAAGUCGCAAAGCACAACACCGCCGACAGCUGUUGGGUCAUCCUCUACGGCCAGGUGUACGACGUGACCGACUUCCUCUCCUCGCACCCCGGCGGCGCAAAAGUGAUUCUCCAAUUGGCCGGCAAGGAUGCCACCGAGGACUUUGAUCCCAUUCACCCGUCGGGCACGCUGGACGAGCUCAAGCCCGAGGCCAAGCUGGGAACUGUCGACCCCAAGACGUUGGCCGCAGCGAAGCCGGCUCCAGUCGAGAAGAAUGACGAUACUCCCCCGCCCCUCGAAACGCUUCUGAAUCUCGACGAGAUAGAGGCAGAGGCCACCAAGCGGAUUCCGAAAAAGGCAUGGGCAUACUACUACUCUGCCGGUGAUGAUAUGAUCACCAAGACCUUCAACAAUACAGUAUACCGAGACAUCCUACUACGACCGCGCAUCUUCGUCGACUGCACACAAUGUGACAUGUCGACAACUCUCGUCGGCCAAAAAGUUGGCCUCCCCAUAUAUAUCAGCCCGGCUGCCAUGGCCAGGUUAGCUCACCCAGACGGCGAGCUCGGUAUCGCCAGGGCGGCAGCCAAGUUCGGCGCCAUGCAGCUCGUCUCCAACAACUCGUCAAUGACGCCAGAGGAAAUUGCUGCCGAGGCAAAGCCAGGCCAGGUCUUUGGGUGGCAGCUAUACGUGCAGAACCGUCGCGAGCGAAGUGAAGAUAUGCUGCGACGCAUUAACAAGAUGAGAGACCGAUACAAGCUCAUUGUUCUGACACUCGACGCAGCCGUGCCCGGUAAGCGUGAGAUUGACGAGAGGUCCAACUUCGACAAGGGCUUUGUAGCUGAGCCUGGUGUCAAGAGCGGCCUGGAGAAGCGUCCUGGCGGCGGUGGUGUUGGCCAGCAGCUAUUCUUCGGCACAGCUAGCGACUUGACAUGGCAGACGACGCUGCCGUGGCUGGCAAAGCACACAGACCUGCCAAUCGUGCUAAAGGGUAUUCACACAUACGAGGACGCUUACCUUGCUGCCCAGUACGCGCCGCAGGUCAAGGCCAUCAUCAUCUCGAACCACGGUGGGCGAGCGCUGGAUACAGCUUCGCCCCCGGUUCACGUUUUGCUUGAAAUCAGAAAGCAUUGCCCCGAAGUGUUUGACAAGAUCGAGGUUUGGGUCGAUGGCGGCAUCAAGAGAGGCACAGACGUUGUCAAGGCCCUCUGUCUCGGUGCCAAAGCCGUGGGCAUUGGCCGUGCUGCCUUGUUUGGACUCGGUGCUGGAGGCGCAGCUGGCGUGGAGCGAACGUUGGAAAUUCUCGAGGCGGAGACGUCCACAUGCAUGAGACUCCUCGGAGUGAAGAAUAUACAGGAGCUCGGCCCAAGAUUUAUCAAUACUCGCCGUGUGGAGAGAGAUAUUUUCGACGGAGGUGCGGAGCUGGGCCAGCAGGGGCUGUGGGCGAAGCCCAAGUUGUGAGGAAUCUUUCAUAUGCAUCCUCGGCAGCUCGUGAUGGCACGCACAAGCUGACGGCGGGGUUUGGUGGGGAGUGGGUAGGACAACCACUAGCGCUCUGCAGCUGUGAACGAUCAAAGCUGGGGAAGAUUGCGAGAUUGUCAUGUCAAGACGGUCUGGGGUAGGUACAUGUAGCGUUGCCAAGUUGCUUGGCCUUGGCUAGAGAAAAAAACAGUAAGCGAGCGAGAUAUACAGGCGAAACGGUUCUAGCCUGGCACUGUAGUUUGAAUGAUACGCAAAUGAUUCACG